UUCACGAAACCAGGAAGGAAGAGUCACCCAUUCAAGACGGUUGUUGCGACAACAUGAAUUCAACUUCCUCGUAAUUCAGUAAUGUGGUGCACGUUUUAUCGUGUAAUUGCUAUUUCUUUUUAAAUUUACAAGGACCAAAGUUCACGGAGGAAAAAAAAAAAUUAAGAUGGGCUACAUGACAGUAGAGACAAACAGUCCCACUCUGCUCCACCUCAAGAGAUCUCCUGGUAUCCGCUCAUGGUCUCUUCUCGUUGGUAUAGCCUCUGCAGGGCUGGCGGCUGCGUACUACAGCUCAGACAGCGUCCUGUGGAAGCUCUUCUACAUCACAGGCUGCCUGUUUGUGGCCCUUCAGAACAUGGAUGACUGGGAGGAGGCCGUGUUCGACAAGACCAGGAAAGUGGUGGAGCUCAAGACCAUCAGCCUGUACACUCUGGUGCUGACGAUGUGGAGGAGAGGACAUGAGAGACUCGUGCUGGACCUGACGCAGCUCUGUGACAUUUGUGUCGAUGAGGAGAGGGUCCGAUACCUGGGGAAGGGUUAUCAUGUGAUGCUGAGGUUGGCAGCUGGCAUCUCCUACCCCCUCACCCAGAGUGCCACCAUGGGAGGACGUAGUGACGUCGAGGCGGUGGCCUCAUUGUUGAAGCGCUUCCUGGGACUGGAUCAGACGGAGCGGAAGCAGCAGGAAUACGAAGACUACGGAGAGGACGACAGCACGGACUCGGAUAAUGAGGCAGACUAACGCUAGACUAUAUGGAACAUGGGGCGAAUUAACUUGAGCCAUCACGACAAUGCAAAGACAUUGCAGAGAAUGAGUCUCGCCACACAUUCUGAUCGUUAUUCUCUUGUUUUGUUUAUAAAUUUUUUCCUAAAUAAUGCUUCACACACGGUGGUUUCCGCAAAGAUUAUGUGUUCUGAACUAAUUACUGUUUAAGAGCACGAGUUAGAUUAUGGAUCUAGUGUUGCUCCCUGCUGAGAUAAUAAUUAUUUGUUUGGGAGACGAUGGAAAGUGCCUUUUCCCACGGUUUCCUAGACUCACCCAGCUCAGAUCCACCUUCUUGCAUGUCCUCCUGGGUCCAAGGAAUGCAUGUGCAAGUCAUAAUUGAGCAUGAGGAACUUCUUCCUGGCGACACGAUUAAGUCUGUCGUUACUUCCUAUUGACGUUUAAGCCGUUUUUUGUGCGAACCAAAGACUAAAUCUCAGGUAAUCUAAAGUUUUUUGUCAAAUGUUUUUUUUUUUUUUUUAGUUAAGUGAUUUCUGAUUGGUAAUGUCUAAAAAAAAAAAAGAACGAGAAAUGAGUUUUCUAGAAGGGUUGAAUGAUUUUUAUUUCGUUGUAUUCGUUUGCUUUUCGAUUGUUCAUCUUUUAUUAAUUCUUAACAAAACU